AUGCGACUCAAUCAUGAAGGUUCGCCAUCCAGCUGUGCGUGUUGCAAGUGUUUCAAGCGAUGCCAGCAGAUAAUCACCACACCAGAGACGAGCGUAUUUACAUUUGAAGCGACCCUCCUUCUAUCGCUUUUGUGCAAUUAUCACAAACCAGAAGCUUCAAAGCUCAACCCGUAUGUGCAGAGGCUGAAGAAAUUAGAUGACUCGGAAAUCAUGCAGAAGAUUUAUUGGAGCACCAACUUCGCCCUCAAUGCAGCCGUGAAGGCCUAUCAAGAUAUCCUCCCCGACGAAUCACCGACCAUGCUUGCUUCAGUAGGCACGUUCCUCGCUACUAUGCGACUCGACCGUGCGCCUUCUCCGACGACAGCAGGUUCUGCACGCAGAGCACUCAGGAACCACCCCAUCGAAGGAGCUGCGAUAGCAUUUGCGCUCCUCGACUUGAUCCGUGAAAAUCAUUCUUUCUCGUCUUUCGUCGUGACUCACGCGCCGUCGGAUAACCGCAUUGCUCCAUUGCCGCAAACUGUCCUCAGCCUAUCUUCUUACGUCCUCACGCAUGCUUCAUCAUCUAUGUCGGAUCGUGCCCUUGCCUACGCUCAACUUACGAUGAACAUCAUGUUCACUUGGUCAGGCGACGUUGAAACAAUGCGAUUGUUCUGCGGCCCAUCCACUAGCGCAAUCCGACUCUGUCGGCAGAGGGAACCGCGGCUGCCACAAGCAUCUGUUAAGAGGCCGUUGGUCUGCGCUAUGUUGGACUGCUCGAGUCUGUGGCUGCGUCAUAAUUUGCGGAAACGCUUGGACGUGGUGAUUUAUAGGUGA